GGAUUUACGAAACCUUAAAGCGAUCGUACAUUCUGUAUCCAUUGCGCCAAUCCUUUCUUCUGCAUCAUUAAAUUCUGAUGAUUUUAGUUCCUCAGUAUCGAUAAUAAGCGCACAUGUUAGAUCUAAUGGGAUCCCGUUAUUAAUCACGAGCACAAACGAUGCAUGGUGUUAUCAUUUUGACAUGCAUGUCUGGACGCGCGUAUACGAUCCACGAUAUACAUCAAAAGAUUCAACCGGUUCAGAAGCUGGUGAGGUUAAUGGUGGCGGUAUAUUGGCUUCUCUUGAAAAUUACGCAAGGCAAGGAGGCGUAAAAAAUCUUGGAUCGUUGUCACAUUUGAGACGAUUCAGCGGAAAUGAUACUCCAGGACAACCAAAUCAUCUGAUUGGUUAUUUGGAAAAUCAACUGGUUUCUGCUGAAUUAGUCAAUUCUCCUGCAGAGUAUAAAAAACUGUUAUUCCAGUAUGCCCAGAAAAUAGCCGAUGAAGAAGCAGA